AUGCAGGGAGAGGGAGGAGAAGGGGGGGGGGGCGGGGUAGGGGCUGUGCAUGGGGCCGCAGAUGCGCGUGCAGAGGGCAGCAGGGCGCAUGGGGCGCACAGGGCAGCAGGGCAGAAGGGCGCGCGGGGCGCACAGGACAACAGGGCGCGUGUGGCGCGCAGUGCUGCAGGGCGCGCGGGGCGCACAGGGCAGCAGGGCAGCAGGGCGCGCGGGGCGCACAGGGCCGCAGGGCGUGCGGGGCGCGCAGGACAGGAGGGAGCGCGUGGCGCGCAGGGCUGCAGGGCGCGCGGGGCGCGCAGGGCAGCAGGACAGCAGGGCGCGCGGGGCGCGCAGGGCUGCAGGGCGCGCGGGGCGCACAGGGCAGCAGGGCAGCAGGGCGCGCGGGGCGCACAGGGCUGCAGGACAGCAGGGCGUGCGGGGCGCACAGGGCUGCAGGGCGCACAGGGCAGCAGGGCAGCAGGGCACGCGGGGCGCACAGGGCUGCAGGGCAGCAGGGCACGCGGGGCGAACAGGGCUGCAGGGCAGCAGGGCGCGCGGGGCGCACAGGGCUGCAGGGCGCGCAGGACGCGCAGGACAUCAGGGCGCGCGUGGCGCGCAGGGCUGCAGGGCGCGCAGGGCAGCAGGACAGUAGGGGGCGCGGGGCGCGCAGGGCUGCAGGGCGCACGGGGCGCACAGGGCAGCAGGGCAGCAGGGCACGCGGGGCGCACAGGGCUGCAGGGCAGCAGGGUGCGCGGGUCGAACAGGGCUGCAGGGCAGCAGGGCGCGCGGGGCGCACAGGGCUGCAGGGCGCGCGGGGCGCGCAGGGCUGCAGGGCGCGCAGGGCACGCAGGGCAGCACGACAGCAGGGCGCGCGGGGCGCACAGGGCUGCAGAUCCCCUCCCCCCACUGCUGCACCCGCAGCAGAGGGACGGAGGAGAAUGGGGGGGGGGGUGGGGGGGGGGGGGCGGUGGGGGGCUGGUGCUGCAGAUCCCUUCCUGCCACCCCCAUACCCCCCCCCCCCACUGCUGCACCCGCAUCAUGGGGAUGGAGGAGAAAAGGGGGGGGGGGAGGCGGAGGGGGCUGGUGCUGCAGAUCCCCUCCCCCCCACUGCUGCACCCGCAGCAGGGGGAUGGAGGAGAAGGGGGGGGGGGCUGGUGCUGCAGAUCCCCUCCCCCCCACUGCUGCACCCGCAGCAGGGGGAUGGAGGAGAAGGGGGGGGGGGCUGGUGCUGCAGAUCCCCUCCCCCCCACUGCUGCACGCGCAGCAGGGGGAUGGAGAAGAAGGGGGGGGGGGGGGGGGGGGGGGGGGGGGGGGGGGGGGGGCUGCUGGCUUGGUGACGAAGCUGAGCAGCGAGGCACUGGAGGUGCAACCACCCCCAACCGCCACUCCUGA